UUUAGCAUCCACACUGGAUGUCUCAGUCAAUAUUCCGGAGCCUUUGCUCUCUGAUGCCCAGCUCUCUGACUCUAACGUACUGAUGGUCACCGUGGAAACAGCAUAUUCCGUCCCUGAGGUCUGGAAUCCUGUAUCCGCUCCUCCAUGCAGCUAUGUGGCUGCCCUGCAGAUGCCCCUUAUUGCUGAUAAAGAGGAAGUGUUGUUGUUCUCUAAUGGCACCUUAAAAAUGGGUGGCGAGAGGGAGCCAGUGCCAAGACCUAUCAAAUGGCCUUUGGGGCCCCUUAUUGCCACAAGGGCCGAGGUCAUGCAGGGUUACUCCAUCGACGAAGAACCCGAUGACCUGGAGCAUGGAGAUCUUACCGCCAUUGAGGACACAGAUUUCAGAAUAGAUGCAGAGUGUUACAGGAAAAGGGUGAGCUGGGAUACAGCACGUCGUUGCUUCAUUGAUGCAGGGGGUGUGGCAUGUCUGUCCCGGAGAAUUGCAGAAUGCAGACUGUGGCCCAUCGAGAUCAUGAGAGCUCCUCAAAUAGUACCAACCAAAGCUGGGAAGACAAGCAAAGACAAGCUGGGGGAGGAUGAGAUCCAGAUUUCUUUCCAUGGAGUGGUAUAUGUGGAUCUGGUGCCGUUGUUGUACCCUGGAGUACAACGUAUACACGGGGUGUACAGAAUCUACCCGUUUUAUGAGUCUGAUCUACUGACUAAAACUCAAAGGACACACAGUAUUCUGAAAGAGUACAGCCGAGCACCAGCAGCUCUGGGUCGAACUCAAGCCACGUCCUCUGUCAGCUCCAUAAAGGUGCUUCAGAAUAUAAUAUCUGAGACCCAAAAAGGAAACAAAGACGCUUCUAGAAUGCCGGGUUCUCAGGGUAAACCUGCUCAGACCGACAGUCAGGCUGAUCUGGAGGUACAGGUGAACACAGAGGGAGAGAUGUACGUGGAUUCAAAAUCAUACUUUGUUGUUGAAAUCUCUUUGGAAAAACCGCUGGUUCCAAAAAGACCACCGGAGGAGCUGGCCAAACGUGUGAUGGAGUUGGUUCCUCCCAGACCUGCUCUACCUCGACGCCCUGCAGGAGCAGAGAGAGCGGUGCAUGAAUAUCAAUCUCAGAUAGCGAGUGUGGCCACUCAGGUGUUGGAUCAGUACCAGCAGAUGUUCGGGGCAGCAUUUGUGCCUGAUGGGAAACCUUUGGAUCCCGCCCAGCAACAACAGCGCAAAACUCAGCUGAUCGCUGAACUCAACUGCUCCGGAAAAUACUUUGCCUUUAAGGAACAGAUGAAGUACUCUGUGGUGCGGAUCGUAAGAGAGAAGAUGUUGAGGACAGAAGCCUUCUCAGAUCCCGAGCAGUUGCAGGCGUUCUUGAGUCAACUCUACGUGUUCCUGGUGGAUGAGAUGCAUGCUGCCCUCAAUAAGACUCUGUCAGUGGACUCUCAAGACACACAUCAUGAAGCUUUGCUGAAUUGUUCUCAACUCAAACACUUCGCCAAAGAGGCCGAACUCAACACUGACUACCAGCUGGCUGCACAGUAUUAUCAGGAGCGUCUGGUUCGAGACCGCAGCGAUCCAUCUCACUGGUUUGAUUACGGAGUGUUUCACAUGCUGACUGCUGAACACCUGAAAGCCGAGGAGUGUUUUCAACAGGCCUUAUCUGUUGAUCAAACACACACACCGAGUUUGCUCAUGUGUGGUGUACUAUCAGAAAUGAGUGGACACUAUGGCGAUGCCGAAACCUUCUUUGAAAGAGCGACUUGUGUUGAACCGAGUAAUGUGGUCGCCUGGACUUUAUUUGGUGUGUUCUGCCAGUCUCAGGAGAAGUCCAUUCAGGCCGAGAUGGCGUUUCUGGAGGCCAAUAAGCAGCUUAGUUCAGUCCUGCGGAGUGGCACAGUGAGUAGACCAGAGAAAACCACUGAUAAUCAAACUCAAUCUCAGUCUGGUGAGAUGAAAGACCAGGGAGAUGAAACCAGUGAGACUGCAGCUAGCAAAACAGAAAAGACAGGUGCUGAUACAGAUGCAGACAUUGAAGAUCACAGGCCACAGAUCAGCUGGGAGAGUAAAGAGAGAGCACAACACAAAACUUCCUCCUCCAGUCUCAAAACCACUAUCUUCAUGGAGACAGUGCAGUUUCUUCUGCAGAGUUACGCCUUACAGAUGGCACAGCGGGCAUUGGCUCUAGAGCUGCUGUCUCCAGACAGAGGAACCAACAGCUUGUUUCAUCUCGCACUCGCUCAACUCCAGCUGCUGAGAGGAGAACACGACAGCGCUGAAGACAGCUUGAGAGAGGCAUUGAGUGACGACAUCCAGAAUCCAGAUAUAUGGGCGCUGUGGGGUCACCUACACUAUGUGAGGGGUGAUUAUAUUCAGGCUCAGAGCUGCUAUGAACGGACGCUGGAAUCUGUGCUGGAUGCAUCAGACACACACUCCAUAUGCCUGCGUCUGGGCUUCAUCUACAUACAGGAUGGAGAAUAUGAAAAAGCCAAAAGAGUAUUCCUGCGUGCCUGCAAAAGCUCUCCAUCAUGUCUCACUUGGCUCGGGCUGGGAAUCGCCUGCUAUAGACUAGAGGAACUAACAGAGGCUGAGGAGGCAUUGACUGAAGCCAACACACUCAAUAACAGGAAUCCAGAGGUGUGGGGUUACCUGUCUCUAGUGUGUUUACAGACUGGCCGAAAACUCGAGGCAGAGCAGUCAUAUAAAUAUGCUAUAAAGAUGGAUUUACAGAAAGAAUCUCUUCUACAGGAGAUCCGAGAGCUGCAGACACGUGUUGGAUUUGGAAACCCUUGCUUUUAAUUAUAUUAUUUUAAUUUCAUUCAGAUAACUGUUUGAGUAAUUUUCAACAGUAAAGAGUUUAAUUGUUAUGUUCCUAAUAAAAUAAAAAUACAAUUUAUU